AGUACAUUUCAAAAUCGUCUAUUGGGACAUUUUGGUUGCAUGCGGAAGUGAGUGACACGUUCAUAAUGGCAACCGGAGCAGAUCAAGCUGUUGGUUUUGGACUUGUUGGUUUUAGUCUGUUACUGUUUACGUAUUACACCAUUUGGGUCAUAGUAUUGCCUUUCGUGGACAGUGACCAUGUGAUCCACAGUUAUUUUCUUCCACGAGAAUAUUCAGUCAUACUUCCUGGAGUUGCAGCAUUAAUCCUCUUACUUUUUGUUGGCACCUUCAUAGGGGUGGUAACGUGGAAGAAUCGAAAACCUAAGAAAGUUGAUUAAGACUCUCCAGGCUUUUAUGAUUCAUCUGGUCACAAGAACGAACUGUGUUGAUUUCACUCAUGUACAACUUCAUGUACACAGCCACGUGAAGAUGAACUCUAAAGCUGCUCGCCUGGAUUCCAGUCAUUAGACAUGUUUAGGUGGUUCUUAAAAUAAACAGCAAAAUAGAUUUCAUUAAUAGCCAAAGCAGUACUGAACAUGUAGCUACACAGUAGUCUGUUUGAGCUUUGUGCAUCUAAUGGCCACAACCUUGACUGAAGACCACACUACCUGUGACAUGCUUAGCUUUGGAGAAUUCUUUCCAUAGUCAGGGAGAUAAAAGCAAAUAAUACAUGAGAACACAAUUUUGGCACCUAAGAGAUAGGGCAGAUAUAUGUAUACUGUGUAUCUGGAAGACCUCUAAAUGGAAUAUGGGAUUUUUCUUUAUGCUUUAAGUUGAGGAGUUUCAACUGUUCAUUUAUGUUGUAAAUAGAUGGAUUUAUAAGCUGGAGUGCUUGCUUCUAGCAGCAAAAUAAUUCAGGACACCAAUCUAAAAAGAAUAAGAAAGAGAACUUUCUGUAAUACCAUAAACAAUCCCACAUUAAAACGAAUAGAAAUAU